AUGGCCUCAGAUCCCACCGCACUUGCUGCUCAUUUGAAAAAAUACUACAGGGUGGACAUUCCCAUUGCCUCCGAUGGUCGCAUUGAAUUUGCCUGGACGCGCCGCAAUUCAGAGGCUAUUUUGAAUCAGCUCCGUGAGCGUUUCAAGGACCUGCCGGCUGGGUCCAAAGUGCUUGAGCUAGCGUCUGGUUCAGGGGAACAUUUGACUAAAUUGGCCCAACAGAUGCCAAAUAUCACUUUUUAUCCAACUGAAGGCGACUCAAUGCUUUUACCUUCAAUUGACGCCUGGAUAAAGUACUCCAACGUGCAGAAUGUUGCCGAACCUACCGUAUUGAAUUUCGGUACCCAAGCUUUCUCUCAUCCGGUUGAUGCUGCUUGGGUCGUCAACGUUACGCAUAUCAGUCCUUGGGCACAUACAGUGGGAUUGUUCACAAACUUGGCCCAAGUCCUUGGUCCCAACGCUUGGCUUGGUAUCUACGGAGCGUUCAAUCGCAAUGGACAAUUUUCCAGCCCAAGUAACAAAGAUUUUGAUAUCGACUUGCGAGAGAGGAAUAGCGAAUGGGGUAUUCGAGAUUUGGAAACAGUUGAAGCAGAAGGUAACAAGCAUGGAUUUGUACUAAAGGAAGUCCAUGAAAUGCCUGCCAAUAAUCUUUUUGUGUGGUUCCGGCGUGACACAUAA